CUGAUAGUGAAAUGCACCACUUUAAUGCGUUUACAGCAACCUAUCAUAUACAGCUUAAAAAUCACAUAGGACCAAUCUUUAAGAGGGAUUUUACCUUUGCUUUCCCAAAUUCAUUUUUACUCAUGCCAGCGCUUGUAAAUGAGUAUUUUCUAAUAAAAUAACAGUCUCUAUACAGCAUUACAAUACAGUGUAUUGAAUACAGCGUAUUCAGCAUCCACAGAGGUGAGAUGAGGAGGUGAAGUCAUGAAUGGCUUUCUUCAACUGCAAAUUGCUCUUGAAUGAAAUGGGAACUUGUAUGCACUGUUUGUAUGCGAUAGUUUGCAUGUCAAAAGGCUCAUUAGGAGAUGAAUGGUGAAUGAACUGUAUGCAAACCUGUGAGAAGGUUUUGUGGAGGAUGACUGCAGGAUCCACAAGGCGGCGCCAUGUAGAAUUCAGAAGAGCUCUACAGGAGAUCUUAGUCACAGCAGACAUGCAACUUUUAGAGAACUGGAGGUUGAAGCAAAGGAUUUAUGUACUGAAACAAGCAAGCGUCUUGAAAGUAAGGCAAAAAUAUGUAGGCUUUAUUAUUGCUACAAAUAUAUGACUGAAUUUAAUUAAACUGAUCUUUGAUAAAAUAUGACAUUUUUCGUUUUUCUUUGUUGAACUUUUGGUUUAAAAAUAAAUAAAUUAACAUUCAAUUCCAGAUGUGCGUACAGUGGGAACCACUGGAAUUACUCCAGGAAGUAUCUUGUUUCAGGCGACUUCCUAUUGGCUGAUUUUUGUGAUGCGCUGCUCUGAUUUGCUGAGGAGAGAAGCUGAGCAUUGUGAAAGUCCGCUGACAGACCUUCAUGUGGAUCAGAGGAGGGAGGAGGACGCAGGAGAGACUUCACCUCCGAUCAGCUGUUCGUCUCUGGACUUGUGCGCUUGGAUUAAGUUUGAACCGCAUGCAAAGAAAAAAGAACAAAGUUUUGAACUCCACUGCAAACACUUUCUCACAAGCAAUGCUCUGUUUAGGAGAUUCUACCGACUGCCUCCGGGACCAGAUGCAGUGCAUGAUGAGAUCCUUGCAGGACCUGAAGCAGAUAAGCAGGCCGAGGCCACUGAGUGAACCUUGUGUUCGCUCGUUUGCCGUCACACGCCUCUGCAAACAGAGGGCACAGCAGGAGCGACUCACUCGUCUACGUGUUUCCGACGCCAGCGAGGCCAGCACAUACGACUCUGCCUGCUGCCUGGCCAGUCCGCUGGAGGAGGAGGAGGAGGAGGAGCAGCAGGAGCAUGGACGGCUGGCACAAGGCUCCCCCAGCAGUGAGAAGAGUGUGGACUUUGACUCGGGUUACUCCGAGGCCUCUUGGCAGGAUGAAGGUGUGGUGCUGAGAAGGACCAGAAACGUGCGAGUCUCUUCUUCCGCCUGCCUUCGCACAAACAGAGGACCUUCUGGUCGCAUUCGGCCCAAAUCAACGUCUGACGCUUGCCUGGAGCGCUGGACUUCAUUUGAGGCCAGUGAUCCGGAGGACUGGACAACUUCGCUGCUGAGUCGCAGCAGGAACAGACAACCCCUGGUUCUGGGGGACAACAGUUUUGCUGACCUAAUAAAGAACUGGAUGGACCUACCAGACUGUCCUGAGCCAGCAGAACUGAAGCCCAGUGGAGGUCGGCGUCUUGCCAAAGACAUUUUGGGUAACAUGCGGCGGAGGCUGGCAGGGAUGUCUAAAGGUGUGGAGAUGAGGCAGAGGCCAGCGGACUCCACGAAGGUCAACAGAGCUGCAGAGGCUCCCAAACGGUUGUCCUGUCCGGUGGGACUCCAAUCUCUCAAACCUUUCUUUCACCAGUCCCACACAGGGCUGCACCAACUGGACACUGACUUCUACCAGUUCACUGCUCUCAUGAAGACAGGCAGUCGACAGCCCAUCAUAUGCAACGACAUCAUCGGAUACAUUUGAAUAAAACUGUACCUAUGGACUGAUCUUAUGCUGCAAAUUUCAAUAAGACCGUUUUUUUCAUGUUGAUACAUCUGGAACAAAAAUUUCUUGUAUUUAAUGAAAGUAUCUUCUGUUGCUGCUUGAGUGUGAGCAGUGAAAAGUGUUGGAAAUGUAUUAAAAAAUCCCAAAAUCGGAA